GACUGCUGCUGUCUCGCGGCGUUUGGAGAUCUUGCAGGCGCGCUGUAUGGAUGCUAAAGCUUUGGCGCUGCUCUAAACGCGACACGGAAUCAACAUGUCCAACCCUCCGCACGACCCUUUCUACUCGUCCCCUUUCGGACCGUUCUACCGGAGACAUUCACCGUACAUGGUGCAGCCUGAGUUCAGAAUCUAUGAGAUGAACAAACGACUCCAGUCCCGGACAGAGGAGAGUGAUAGUCUGUGGUGGGAUGCAUUUGCUACAGAGUUCUUUGAGGAGGACGCUACAUUGACCGUUGCCUUCUGCCUGGAGGAUGGACCAAAAAGAUACACAAUCGGGCGGACCCUCAUCCCUCGUUACUUCAGCACGGUAUUUGAGGGUGGUGUGUCUGACCUCUACUACAUCCUGAAACACUCCAAAGAGUCCUUUCACAACAACUGCAUCACUGUAGACUGCGAUCAGUGCACCAUGGUCACGCAACACGGCAAGCCCAUGUUCACCAAGGUGUGUACGGAGGGCCGGUUGAUUUUGGAGUUCGCUUUCGAUGAUCUGAUGAGGAUCAAGACGUGGCACUUCAACAUCAGACAGUAUCGGGAACUUAUCCCACGGAGCAUUCUCGCCAUGCAUGCACAAGACCCUCAAGUCCUGGAGCAGCUCUCAAAAAACAUCACCCGCAUGGGACUGACCAACUUCACCCUUAACUACCUCAGGUUGUGUGUCAUUCUGGAGCCGAUGCAAGAGCUAAUGUCCCGACACAAGACCUACAACCUCAGCCCGAGAGACUGUCUAAAGACCUGUCUGUUCCAGAAGUGGCAAAGAAUGGUGGCCCCUCCAGCUGGACAUCCACAGAACUUCAAGACGGAAAUUUUCCCCUCAAAUCACAAAAAAGAGCCCACUCGACAGACCACGACCAAGAGAAGAAAGAGGAAGAACUCCGCCAGCAAUGCGUCUAACAGUAGCCUUGGCAACAGCGCUGGCGGCAAGAAACGCAGCCCUGCCAACAACUUCAAUCUGACCAGCCAGGUACCUGAUGUGAUGGUGGUAGGUGAGCCCACUCUGAUGGGCGGGGAGUUUGGCGAUGAGGACGAGCGUCUGAUCACUCGGCUAGAAAACACACAAUACGACGCCACCAACGGCCUGGACGAUGACGACGACUUCACAAGCUCGCCGGCGCUCGGCAACAACGCUCCCUGGAACAGCAAGCCGCCCACAGGACAAGACAGUAAGCCAGAGAGUACAGCCUCGCAGCCCUCUCAGUAGGAGACAACAUGCGCAAUGCUUUCUCUCUGACCUCACUUUUUACCCUCGAUUAUGUAAAUCCCAAGUCAUGGUGUCAAUGAUGUCAUCCAUUUUCACCAGAAACUGAUGGUUCCACUUCUUAUUUGGGGUAACAUUUAAGAACUUCACAGACCAAACUUUGGCAGCAAUAUUUGCUCACUGGAUUUUUUCGAAAUCAUCUAGCUAGGCUACAAAGCAUCGUGACAAAUGUGACUUUUGGAGGAACUUGAUUUUAUCGAGGCUGAGUGAGCAAUCUGAAUUAACAGAGACCUGAAUUUGGGACAACUUUAGCCCAAUAAUCAAUGUAAAAAAGCUACCUGUCUCACAGUUCAUCACACAUCUCCAUAGUGACUCCAGCUGGCAACCACACUCGAUAUCAACCAAUCGCUGAAGAGACGGUCAUGUUGACUGCCUUCUCACUGGAGACUGGAACUGCAGAGGCACCCACUGAGACCAAUCCCUGAACAUUUGCAUUUUUAUUGGAAAUUCGUUUGGCUAUUGUCUUUUUCUCUCUGCUUUCAAUUAAAAGUG